CGCCGAGGCCUUCCCGGGGCUGGGGCCUGUUCAGCCGGGGGCGAGGCUGGCGGCGGCUCCGCGGCGGAAGUCGGUGCGGUGGGGCGCGAUGGCGCGAGCGGCGCCGUGCUUGUGAAACUGAACACAACAAAAGUAUGGAUAUGGGAAACCAACAUCCUGCUAUUAGUAGGCUUCAGGAAAUUCAGAAAGAAGUAAAAGGUGUAGAACAGCAAGUAAUUGGCUUCAGCGGUCUGUCAGAUGACAAGAACUACAAGAAACUCGAGCGGUUUCUAACAAAACAGCUUUUUGAAAUAGACUCUGUGGAUACAGAAGGAAAAGGAGACAUUCAGCAGGCUAGGAAGAGGGCUGCCCAGGAGACAGAGUGCCUUCUCAAGGAGUUGGAGCAGAAUGCAAACCACCCACACCGGCUGGAAAUACAGAACAUCUUCAAGGAAGCCCAGGCCCUGGUGAAAGAAAAGAUUGUACCUUUCUACAGCGGGGGCAGCUGCAUAACCGACGAGUUCGAGGAAGGAAUCCAGGACAUCAUUCUGAGGCUGACACACGUGAAAACCGGAGGGAAGAUCUCCUUGCGGAAAGCAAGGUAUCACACGCUAACCAAGAUCUGUGCAGUACAAGAGAUUAUCGAAGACUGCCUGAGGAAGCAGCCUUCCCUGCCACUCUCUGAGGAUAUCCAUCCUUCUGUUCCCAAGAUCAACUCUGUGAUGUGUGAGGUGAACAAGGCCAGGGGCACUCUGAUCGCACUGCUGACGGGAGUGGACAGUAAUGAGACCUUCAAGCACUUGUCAUGUGUGCUUUCGGGGCUGAUUGCCGAUCUGGAUGCUUUAGAUGUGUGCGGGCAUACAGAGAUCAGAAACUACCGGAGGGAGGUAGUUGAAGAUAUCAACAAAUUAUUGAAGUAUUUGGAUUUAGAAGAAGAAGCCGACACCACGCAUGCGUUUGACCUGAGACAGAACCAGUCCAUUCUUAAAAUAGAAAAGGUCCUCAAGAGGAUGAGAGAAAUAAAAAAUGAACUUCUCCAACCGCAAAAUCCUUCAGAGUUGUACCUGAGCUCCAAAACAGAGCUGCAGGGUUUGAUUGGACAGCUGGAUGAGGUGAGUGUCGAGAAAAACCCCUGCAUCCGGGAAGCCAGGAGAAGAGCGGUGAUUGAAGUGCAGACGCUGAUCACCUACGUGGACCUGAAGGAGGCCCUGGAGAAGAGGAAGCUGUUCACCUGUGAGGAGCACCCCUCCCACAAGGCCGUCUGGAGCGUCCUUGGGCACCUGUCGGAGAUCCAGGGAGAAGUCCUCUCCUUUGAUGGAAAUCGGACUGACAAGAACUACAUCCGGCUGGAGGAGAUGCUGACCAAGCAGCUGCUGGCCCUGGACGCCGUGGACCCGCAGGGGGAGGAGAAGUGUAAGGCUGCCCGGAAACAGGCCGUGAAGCUCGCCCAGAACAUCCUCAGCUACCUCGACCUGAAAUCCGACGAGUGGGAGUACUAAACACCAGAGCCGCGCCGACCUUGCUUGUGUUGCACUUUAUAUAUACUGCUUUGUGUUUAUAGAGAACUUUCAGUUCAUGGAGCCUAAAUAUGAUUUAUACAUGCAUAUUUCAAUCUCAGUAUUUAUGAUUUAAGCAAAUUAUAUUCAGUAUCUGCUGCUUUUGAUGUUGCAAAACGAAUAUCAUUACAGCACGUUAUAACUUUUA